UGCAAUCGGAAACAUUUAAAUAACUAUGUACGUUUUUUUUUGUAUUAUAUUCUGUAUUUUUAAGACACUUUUGUAGCUCCAUAGAAGCUACAAAAAACUCAAAUUUGAACCUUCAACUCGUACCAGCACAUUUUCUCCACUCGUGCAUAAUGACGCCUAUAAAGUGUUUAAAGAUUUAAGUGUUUAGCUCAUGAUCUCUGUAAAUCCAGCAGAUUUGUGAUGACAUGGUGGGAUGAGAGAGAGAGAGAGAGAGAGAGAAAGAGAGAGAGAGAGAGACAGACGGAAGAUGAUGUCAGUAUUUAAAACUUUAAGCACCCAGAUCAUCUCAAUCGACCUCUUCUCUCUUAGUGUCGCGUCUGAUUUGAAAGCAGAGGAAAUGAUUUCAGACGGGAUGUUUUAAGGUUUCUGUUGGUCUGGUUUACUGGAUGUUUGUAGGAAUGCAUCCGCUCUGAGCGAUGAGCAUGUUGAACCACCUCAGGGCUCGGAGCAGGAGUCUGUUCUGCAGCUACAAGCCCGGCGGACAGAUCCACCAGGUCCAGGAACCGAUCGAUCACCUGGACCUGAUCAGCUCCUUCAUCAAGCCAUGGAACUCCAUGCAGGACCUGAGCAGAGACAUCUACGACCUUUAUGCCGAGUACGAGCGCGAAGAGGUGGAGGACCGGCUGCCGGUGUCGCCGUCUCGCGUCCUGAUGUCUCCAACCAAACACCUGACCCUCAACAUCAACGUUGGAGGAACGAUUUACCUCCUGCCGUACAGAUUAGCCGCUCGCUACCCAAAGACCCGGAUCGGCCGUCUGGCCACGUACACGGACCACAGCAAGAAGCUGGACCUCUGUGACGAUUACAUCGUCCAGAGCAACGAGUUCUUCUUUGAUCGAGACCCAAAAGUUUUCCACAACAUCUUCAACUUCUACAGAACCGGAGUGCUGUGCAUUAAGGAGGAGUUGUGUCCGCAUCACUUCCUGGAGGAGAUCCACUACUGGGGCGUGAGGAUCAAAUACACGCAUCGCUGCUGCCGCAUCUCGUUUGAGGAGCGGCAAGACGAGCUGAACGAGCAGCUGAAGGUCCAGAAGGAGCUGCUGGCCGAGGUGGGUCCAACAGAACCUCCUCGAACUGCAACAGCUGGCAGCAGCUGCACUGCRAAAACACAAAGCUACCAACAGUUUUUGGUCUACAUCACCUUCUUCACCCUGGAGUACCUGCUGCGGCUGGUCUCCACGCCGGACCUGAAGAGCUACAUGCGCAGCGUCCUGAACACGGUGGACCUGGUCGCCAUCCUGCCGCACUACCUGCAGAUGCUGCUGGAGUGCUUCGAGGACGAGGACGUCCACCGCCAUGCCGGGGACAUCGAGACCGUCGCACGCGUCGGCAAGGUGGGUCAAGUUCUGAGGAUCAUGCGUCUGAUGAGAAUCUUCAGGAUCCUGAAGUUGGCCCGUCACUCCACUGGGUUAAGAGCGUUUGGGUUUACGCUGAGGCAGUGCUACCAGCAGGUGGGCUGUCUGCUGCUCUUCAUCGGCAUGGGGAUCUUCAUGUUCUCCGCCAUGGUGUACAGCGUGGAGCACGACGUCUACAACACCAACUUCACCUCCAUGCCUCACGCCUGGUGGUGGGCCGCGGUGAGCAUCUCCACGGUGGGAUACGGCGACAUGCUCCCAGAAACCAACCUGGGCCGCGUCUUCGCCUUCGCCUGCAUCUCGUUCGGCGUCAUCCUGAACGGCAUGCCCAUCUCCAUCCUCUACAACAAGUUCUCCGACUACUACACCAAGCUCAAGUCCCACGAGUUCGCCAUGGUCAGCAGGGCGCGGGGGAAGGUCCGCUUCAUCAAGAGGGCCGCCAAGCGCUUCGCCGACUGCUGCGACGACGUCGCUCAGCUGAAGCAACCAGGAGGGCGGCGGUUGUUGGUCGCCAACGACUAAACUCCAAAAACUGAGCCUCCAUCCAUCAGCUGUACCYRCCUGUCGUACCCUGGAGGAAACAAACGCACACAGACAACCAAAACACUGUAAAUUCAGCUWUGUUGCUGCAGCGGCAUUGAGCUGGACUGUUAUGGAGCGCCAWUAGAGUCUAAAAUUAACACCAAUAAUUUAGAUUUUUCAGCCUGUAAUAACAGAAAAACAUGGUUGGCCAUUUUUCAAAGGCAUAUUGUCACUAAAUAUUUAGUUUGAAGCUAAAUAUGUAAACUAAAUAUGUAGCUCAAACUAAAUAUUUAGCUUGCUAACAAAAUGGUUAGCUCAAAGCUAAAUAAUUAGUCUCAAAACAACUAAUUAGGUUAGAAUUAAUAUUUAGCAUUUAACUAAUUAGACUGAUAAGUAUUUAUUUCCAAGAAAGAAUAAUUAGUAAUCAAAAUAUUGUCUUUGACGCUAAGAAUUGAGUUUGAAGCUAAAUACGUAGUUUGAAGCUCUGGAUGUUGUAAAUUAGUGCUUAUGGUGAAAUUAUGACUUUGAAAAUGAAUCAGGACUAAAGGGCUAAAUAACCCAAAUUAUUGCUGUCAAGUUUUGACUGUAAAUUUAAAAACGCUCCACAAUUCUUGAAGAGUUUUUGGAUUUUUCCACCUGGAUGUUGGAAAUGUUUUGACUACAGGACUUCAUUUCUGUUUGGGUCAGACAAAAGCAAUACUGGACACAUUCUAGAAAAACCUUUGAUGUAGCAUAUUAACUAAUAAUGUUCUGUUUUUCUGUAUGUAAAUGAAAGUAACAUUAUAAACAGACAGAAAAUAUAACUUCUACAAAAUCUUUAGUCCUUUUCAUUGUUUUAGAUAAACUUCACUGUGGAUUUGUGGCACACAUUUCUGCAUUUAAAUAUAGAAUCUGCCAAAAUAAAAA